AUGGAGAAGCAGGAAAGUGUGGGGGCUGCUGGCGGCCUCAAUGGAGAAUCCCCUGGUGGGGCUAUCAGGGGGGUGCCAGGAGGCAUCGGAGGAGUCGAGUCAGGCGCCGGGUUGCUCUCCGGAGUAACCAUGUUUCACGGUUCUGGGCCCCCCACGCACAAUGGGGGAACUAUAAUUCGCAGUCCUGAUUCUAGCCAGCCCUCCGGAGGGACAGCAGUCCUCGGUUCCGGGCUCAACCAGCAUCCUGGGGAAGUCGCGGGCCACAGCUUUGGGUCCCGUACAAAACCUGACGGGUUUAAUCCCCCCUUCCCUGGAACCAGUGUAUCCGGGACGUUCAACCCGGGGUCCGGGGCGUCUGGGUUGUACAACUCGGCAAACGUUACGAUAUCCGAGUCAACUUGCAUGCGCCAAGACAGACCCUGUGAGGACCGGCCCCGGAGCAUCCUAAAAAACAGCAGCUCCAUCACGGUGCACAAAUCCCCCGGGGCGGAGAGGAGAAAGUCUCAGCACUGGGAUGAAAUGAAUAUCCUGGCGACCUACCACCCUGCUGACAAGAACUAUGGCUUUAUGAAGGUGGAUGAGCCCAGCACUCCCUUCCACAGGCUGCAAGACAGCGAUGAAGACCUGCUUGCCGGUACCUCUCACACAAUGACUCCUGAGAAGUUAGCAGAGAGGUUUGCAGCAAUGGACAAUUUCUGCCCCAAGGUCCUGUACAGUGAUAACAGAAGCUCGGGGUCUUCAGACAGCUUUUCCAAGACACAAUCCGAUGAUUUUGAAAAGCGCCGCAAGGCACACUACAAUGAAGGGAAGUUCCUGAAACCUCAGAAAAACCCUCCCUUGGAUAACAGCAAGAACAGCAGUGUGGGUGGUGUGAGUAUGAGCAGUGGCAGUCGAAGUACGAUGCUGGACUCAGAGCCCAGGCCUGUGGAAAGAGGUGGGGCAGGAAGAAUGACUGGAGGAGUCAAGGGCCAGAUUGGCCUAGUGGCCAGAAACCACAUCCUAGAAGCCAAAGGUGCCCUUAUGACUCAGAUUGAUUUGGGUGAUUCCUCAGCUUCCCCUGCCUUCAGAAAUCUGUCCCCAACUUCAUCCACCACUGUGGUGUUGGAGAAGGAAAUUGAUCUGCAGCGCAAGGAGUAUUACAGCAAAGGAAGAUACCUGAGGUGCUGGCCCCACCCUGAGCUUGAGGAGGACACAGAAGAUGAGCAGCAGAGCAGUGAGAGUUCAGCCGGGUCAGCCCAGGAGCGGGAGGGCUAA